UAACUGGAAAAUGCCGCUGCUUUUUGAAUGGUCAGUGCAACAACCAGUGUCAACUAUGUAUCUCUUCCAGGCGAUUUUUUACUGGCUGCUGAUGCUUCGGUGCUCCGGCGUUGUUCCAAAACCACGAAACCCCGACAGUCACAACUUGAGCAAAUCCAUCAUUGAAGACGACUACAUACGGGAGAUUCGGCCGCCAACACUGCAGGGGGAACCCAUCGUCGUGGACUUUAGCAUGCGGGUGGUCGACAUCAACUCAAUAAACGUCGAAGACAUGGAUUUUAGGAUGGACAUGUUUCUGAAGCAACAGUGGACGGACGCGCGGAUCCGAAUCCCGCAGGAAAUGUUCGAAUACCGGGACGACUCCAUAACAUUGCCGUCGCAGUUCUUCGACAGCCUCUGGCAGCCCGAUCUCUACUUCUUGAGUUCCAAAGUGGUGGAAAUAGCCACCUUGACCCACAAGUUUUCUUCGGUGACUCUCUACCGGAAUAAAACAAUCCGGUACUCGGCCCGCAUGCACGCCAUCGUGGCUUGCCAGAUGGAGUUCUACCACUAUCCCAUGGACACCCAGGUGUGUCCAGUGUCCGUGGAAAGUUUUUCGUACAACAACAAGAAGAUGCUCCUGCGGUGGUCCGAACCCGGCGUCACCAUCAGUCCCGAGCUGAAGUUGUUGCAGUACAACAUUCUACAACCGCUGCAGUUGUACGAAAGGACCGCCUUUACGGCAGAGAAAAACGGCAACUUUUCUAGAUUGGUGGUGCUGCUGAAGUUUGAGCGGCAAAUCGGCCACCAUCUCAUCCAGACCUUUGCCCCCUCGACCUUGGUGGUGGUACUGUCUUGGUUUAGCUUUUGGCUAGACCUAGAUGCCAUUCCAGCCAGGGUUACUUUGCUGGUUACUUGUCUUCUCACACUGGUCACGAUGUUUACAGGCCUGCGAACCGAUAUCCCUGCUGUAGCCUAUGUUAAGGCGUUGGACUUGUGGAUGGCCGGCUGCAUGGUUUUUGUGUUUGCCUCUCUGGGAGAGUUUGUGAUCGUCAAGGUGCUGCAAGGAAAAUACUCUCUGCUGAAGCAAAAGGAAGCUGAACGCGUAAUGGUGACCGCAAUCACGCCCUGGACCAACGAAAUCAGCGCGAAAAAACGCAAUUCAACAAUCGGCAAAUCCGGAUGGUUGACCCUUUACUGGAAAACAGACAAAGGGAAAGUCAAAAUAACGUGGCAGGAAAUCGACAGGAUUUCCAGGAUCGUAUUCCCGGUCCUGUUUUCGCUGUUUUCUGCCGUUUAUUGGACCAUUCUUAUCGUGGGCAGCCGAUAUGUUCACCAUCCGGCCGAACACUAGAAUUAUUAUUUGCUUCUAUGCAGACCUUGUGUAUGGAAUCUGAAUGAUAAAUAGAGCACCGUAACGAAA